CGAAUCGCGAGCCUAAUCCUGCCCACAGCUACAAGCUUCGUAAAUUAUGAUUGCCCCCAAGUUCCGGGUUUCCUGGCGUUCUCCAUCAACGAUUCGCCUAGUAACUAAGUAGUCUAGCAAUGGCGCGCAAUGCAGCUCCUGCGACUGUAGUAACCCUCAUCUUACUCCUCGUCGUCCCAGCUCAUUUCGUGCUCGAAACCGAAGCUUUCUGCUACUUUCUCCCAACCGACGCCCUGUGCAAUAAGAUCAAGGCAGCCGCAGUAGCAGCAGCAAAAGCAGCAGCCGCAAAGGCAGAAGCAGCUGCCAAAGCAACCGAAGCAGGCGCCAAAGCCUUUGCCGCGACACUCAACUCUACCACCGCGUCUCUAACCAAGCAGCUCGCAGCUCUCGAAAAGGGCAUCAACAGCGGUGCAUCCGCUACCGAGGCCGCUAUCCAGGCGCGGGUAUCCUCGUUUGAAGCCAGCCUCGCUGACUUCUCAAAGUGGCUUGACAACAUCAAUUUGACGCUCACAAAGGCGGACAACGCUCGGUCAGGGAAGGCAGCAGCAGGACCAUGGGUGGCUUCGAUGGAGUUGAGGUCUCCGCUGUUAGUGCUCAAAUCCAGCAUUGCGGGGUUGCAGACGAGCCUGGACGCUUUGAAGAGAGACCUCAGGCUUGCAGCGGGCGAAGUCAGUUCGGAAGGUGGAUCCAGGGGAGGCUCUUCUGCCGGGAGCGUCUCGGCAAGCGCUGCCGGCGUGCGCGCCACGUUGGCGAGGCAGCAGCUGGUGCUGCGAAUGACAGUUGUGAGGCAGAGAGCCGCGGCGGUAGAUGCGGCCCUUUCGGAUUUCGCGGCAAGGGUGUGACCAGCCGGACGAUUCUUGAGUUGACUUAGAAGUCACUGUGAGGCAGCGGCUGGUGUGGCUCAUGGGCUGUGAGGCAGCGGGCCACGGCGGUCAAUGCAGCCAUUACGGCAUUUGCAGGGAGGGUGAACAACAGCCUGAGCGUUACGACGGAGUCAUAAACCUCGCCAGAAGGGGUACACGUUGCAAAUUUGGGCUAAUUAAGACUGAGUGUAAUUUUAGGCCAGAGGGGGCACCAUGCAUGGUUAUCGGAAGGGAAUGGGUAGGUAGGUAGGUAUUCACUGCUUGUGAGUGUGGAGAGCAUGCGUAAUGGGGGCAGACUGGCUGCACUCCACAGGUUGCCUGCCUUCAGCGGCUGCUAGGGACUCUGGUCUUUGGGAGAAACGGAGCCAUGUAGCGCAGCAGCAGGGCAUUGAUGUUGGUGUUAGAGACAUUAUUUUGUAUAUGUGGUAGCUACUUUUUACUCUAC